GACAAGCAAAAGGUCCUAAAAUUUCGAUUACCAUCUUUAUGUUAUGUUAUAUUAUCGAAAAAAAAAACUAGAUGUUUUAACAUCUAAAAAUUAACACAAAAAAAUCAAGUUUUUCUUGCAAAAAAACAGCAAAAUCCGCCGCGUUCGCAGCCCCGCUCAUUGCACAACGUCGCGCAAUCAGUUGGCGCCGAAAAAUACGGCCACAAAGUCGCGAAAUCGAAGGAAAUAUCCGCAGCAAGAAGAAGAACGAACGGAACGUUCAGUUUCAGUAGCAGCUAUAAUUGUCGCUGUUGUUGUGGUUGUUUGUGUUGGUGGUGCGUGUUGUUGUUGUUGUUGCUGCUGCCUCUGGGAUGAUGCUGUAAAGUAAAGUAAAAGUGGUGGCAAAAGCAAAAGAAGGCCGUGUGUGCAGCGCAAAACAAAAACCGAAAAUUGGCGGCCAGGCGGAAAAUGAUCGGAACGAUGGCUUGAAUGCAAAAAAAUAUACAGUGCGUGCUCGUGCAAAAAAAAGAAUUGCGCCAAUAAGCAAAAGCAAACAUCGUUUGCAUUCCCUACACACACACACACACACACACACACGCAGUCGCAUACAUAUGCGCUGCAGCAGCAACAGAGAUUUUUUUGACCACACUCACUCACACACACCCACAUGCAUCCACGCAGCAAACGGAGGACAACAAUAACAAGAAAAGCAGAGAGAGCAGUCAAAUGUUUCACCUGAGUGACCAGAUCACCAAGGAUUAGAGCCACCCAAGAGGAUACGACGGAUACGAGAAGGAGCUAAAAAGAUGUCGCGCUGGGGCAAGAACAUCGUGGUGCCGCUGGACUCGCUCUGCAAGGAGAAGGAGAACACCAACCGGCCCACCGUCGCCCGCUCCGUGGGCACCGUCGGCAAAUGGGGCAAGAUGGGCUUCACCUCCACCCGCACCUACACCCUGUCCGCCCUCCAUCCGAUGGCCGCGGCAGCGGCGGCGGCAGCAGCGGCCGCCAGUCCCUCCCAGAGUCCCGCCUCCACGCAGGAUCACGAUCCCAACGACCUGUCCGUUUCGGUGCCGGAGCCCCCGAAGCCCAAGAAGUUCUUCAAGUCGAGGAACACCGCCCCGCCGGAGGUUAUAGCCCAGAUAAUCCAGCAGUUGCCGCAUUGCGGUGCCUCCGGUGCAUCGCCCAUGCGGGAUCAGUUCUCGGCCGGUGGUGCUGGUGGUGCCACGCCCACCUCGGGCACCUAUGAGGCGGGCGGACCGAAGACGAAGCCGGGCAAGGGCGGCAAUUCCGCAGAGCGGAAGCGCAAGUCGCCCAAGAAGAAGGCGGCGGCGGCAGCGGCAGCGGGAGCAACGCCAGGAGGAGGAGCAGGAUCAGCAGAAGCCACCUCGACGCCUGGUGCGUUCUACGGAGCCUCCGAUCGCGACGGCGAUGGGCUGAGCGAUCCCGCCUCGGAGCAGCCAGAGCCGAAGCAGAAGCAGCCGAAGAAGCCGAAGGAGGAGAAGAAACUGAAGCCAGAGGCACCGCCUUCGCGGGUUUUGGGUCGCGCCCGCAAGGCUGUCAACUAUUGCGAGGUGGACGAGGACGAGCGCUAUCCCACGCCCACCAAGGAUCUGAUCAUUCCCAAGGCGACGCGGCAGCCGGCGGAGGUGGCGGCCACAGUAACAGCUGCUGCCGCCGCCGCCGCCGCCGCUGCCUCCUCGUCGGAAGCCUUCAUCAGUUCCACGUUUGGCAGCCCGGAAUCGGAGCCAUCGCUACCCCCGCCCACUUCAGCGCCCAGUGCAUCCGCCUCCCAGCUGCCCUGCGCUUCAAGCGGCGCGUCUAAUCCUCCGAGCGCCUCGCGAACGCCGGAACAUCCUCCCAUCGUGCUGCGCAUCUCCAAGGGCACUUCCCGCCUGGUCAGCACGGACAGCGAGGAGCCGCCGAGCAGCUCGCCCGCUCACCAGCAGAACCCACUUCCGGCCACCCAGGAGGAGGAGGAGGAGGAGCCUUCCCGACGGACGGGUGACGAAACAGUUCCUGCAAGUACGCCAAAAAUCACAGUGAAGCCACUGAAACCGCCGCCAGGAGCAGCAGAGGAUUCGGUUGAAGGAGGAGGAGGAGGAUCCUCCGCUGCGGCGCCUCCAGCCAGCGAAUCCCUCGAUCCCGCAAACGAGGACGAGGAGGACGAAGAGGAGGAGGAGGACGAGGAGGAGGAGCCGCCGGAGAUCAACUACUGCACGGUGAAGAUAUCGCCGGACAAGCCGCCCAAGGAGCGGCUCAAGCUGAUCAUCAAGACGGACGUGAUCCGCAACGCCAUCGCCAAAGCCGCCGCAGCCGCGGAAUCCCGGAGUGAGAAGAAGUCCAAGAGCAAGAAGCACAAGCACAAGCAGCUGCAGGCUCCAAUUCAGUCCAGUGGAGCAGCAGCAGCAGCAGCAGUCGGUAAUCCUAUAGAGCCCAAUUCCGAGUUCAAGACGCCCUCACCUCACCUGGCCUUCAGUGAGGCCCAGAAUCCGCCAUCUCAACACCUGCAUCCCCAGCGAGGCUCCGCGGUGAUAUCGCCCACCACCCGAUCCGACCACGACUUCGACUCGCAGUCCUCGGUGCUGGGCAGCAUCUCCUCCAAGGGCAACAGCACGCCGCUGCUGCUGGCGCAGGCCGUCCAGGAGGACAGCUGCGUCAUCCGCAGCCGGGGAUCGAGUGUGAUCACGAGUGAUCUGGAGACCAGCCAGCACUCCUCGCUGGUGGCCCCACCCUCGGACAUUGAGUCGCGUUUGGAGUCCAUGAUGAUGACCAUCGAUGGUGCGGCCACGGGAGCAGCUGCCGUGGUUCCAGAGACGCCGCUGCAGGAGGACAUACUGGCUGUGCUGCGCGGAGAAGUGCCGCGUUUGAAUGGCAAUGCAGCGGCGGCGGAGGAGGAGGAGGAGGGGCAGCAGCAGCCGCCGCCGAAGAGGGCCACGCGUGGCAGGGGCAGAAAGGCGAAUAACAAUGCUGCUGAAGCAGCUCCUCCGGCCACGGAAACCAGGACAAGAGGCAGAGCCAAGGGAGCAGAGGCAGCUACCAUUUCGCCACCGGCACCCAAGAGAAGCACACGAGGCACUCGAGGCUCGAAGAAGGCCGAGCAGGAGGUGGACAUGGAGGUGGACGAAGCGGCUGUUGAGGAACCCAUCGAACAGGCUUCGCCGCCGCUGAGAAGAGGUCGCAAUGCGGCCGCCGCCCGGGCCAACAACAAUAACUCAGCCAGCGUUAACAACAACAUCAACAAGAUAGCCGCCAAUCUGUCGGCCAAAGCGGAGGCCAGUCGCCUGGUGGAGGGCGGGGCAGCGGGCGGAGCGCCACGUAGUUAUGGGCGCAAGCGAAAGAACCAGCAGGUGACGCAGGUUCUGCAGCAGGAGCAGGCGGUCGGCCAGGAGCAGGAGGAGCCUGCCGAGGCCGAGGAGGAGCAGCCCACGCCCGCCAAGAUGCCGCACAGGGAGCACUCGCCGGACCACGAUCCGGAUCCCGAUCCCGACGAGCUGUCCAACAACUCGAACAAUUCAUCGCUGCAGCACGACGGCUCCUCCUCCUCGCCCCCGCCGCGCGACUUCAAGUUCAAGGAUAAGUUCAAGCGAACGCUUACCUUGGAUUCUCAAGGAGCGGGAGGAGCAGCCGCUGCAGCAACAGGAGGAGCACCAACAGAGCCACCUGGCGAGCAGCGCAGCGCCGUCAAGCUGGUCAUCUCGAAGAAGAAGGGCAGCAUCUUCAAGAGCCGCGCCCUGGUGCCAUCCGACCAGGCGGAGCAGGCGUCGGUGGCCAAGCGGCAUCUGUACAAGCACAGCUGGGAUGCCGCGCUGGAGGCGAAUGGCGGUGGGACGGGCAGCGAUGCCAGCAAUGCCUCGGCAGCGGGAGUGGCCGGGGCCAAGGAUCAUUUGCUGCUGCAUCAUUUGGCGGCGGGCAAGUCGGAUGGCGAUUUCGGUGACAGUCCGUCGUCCAACAACAACGGCUCCUCCAGUGCCUGCAGCAGUGCGUCCACGUUGCGCGGCGACAGUCCGGCGCUGGGGAAGAUCUCGCGACUGGCGGGGAAACAGGGAGUGCCAGCCACCUCCACGAGUUCCGAUGCCUUCGACCUGGAUCUGGAGCCCAUUGCGGGCGAACUUGACCUGGAGCGAAGUGCAGGAGCGGGAGCAGCUUCCGGGGGUGCAGCGAGUGGAGCAGCUGGCGGCGGUGGAACGACUGGAGCCAGCGGCGGCGGAGGACCCAUUCGCGUCGAUCGCAAGACCAAGGACUACUAUACGGUGGUGCGGAACGUGAAGACGGCCCACCAGAUCCAGGAGAUCGGCGAGUAUCAGGAGAUGGACGACGACGUCGAGUACAUCCUGGACGCACUGCAGCCGCACAAUCCGCCGGCGACGCGCUGCCUCUCCGCCCUGCAGCUGGCCGCCAAGUGCAUGAUGCCCGCCUUCCGGAUGCACGUGCGUGCCCACGGCGUGGUCACCAAGUUCUUCAAGGCUUUAUCCGAUGCCAACAAGGACCUCAGCCUGGGCCUGUGCACCUCGGCCAUCAUGUACAUCCUCUCGCAGGAGGGCCUCAACAUGGACCUGGAUCGCGACUCCCUGGAGCUGAUGAUCAACCUCCUGGAGGCGGACGGCGUGGGCGGCAGCACGGAGAGCGGACACCCGGACCGAGCGGGCUACGACCGCAACAAGCAGAAGGUCCGCGAGCUGUGCGAGGAGAUCAAGGCGCAGGGCAAGGGAACGCAUCUUAACGUGGAUUCGCUGACCGUGGGCACGCUGGCCAUGGAGACGCUGCUCUCGCUGACAUCCAAGCGGGCGGGCGAGUGGUUCAAGGAGGAUCUGCGCAAGCUGGGCGGUCUGGAGCACAUCAUCAAGACCAUUUCGGAUUUCUGCAGACCGGUGAUUGCCUGCGACACGGAGAUCCACUGGCAGCCGGCGCUGCUGGACAAUAUACAGACGGUGGCGCGAUGCCUGCGAGUCCUCGAGAAUGUGACGCAGCACAACGAGGCGAACCAGCGCUACAUGCUCACCUUUGGCCAGGGCAAAGCAGUGGAGACCCUCUGCCAGCUGUACCGCCUGUGCAGCCGGCAACUGAUGCUGCAUCCCUCGGUGGACUGUGCGGGCAGCAGCAACAAGGAGCACCCGGGCGUGGCCAUGCGAGAGCUGCUGGUCCCCGUGCUCAAGGUGCUGAUCAACCUGACGCACACGUUCAACGAGGCGCAGCCCUCGCUGGGCGCCGAGCUGCUUGGCCAGCGGGGCGAUGUGGUGGAGACGAGCUUCCGGCUGCUGCUGCUCUCGGCCAACUACAUUCCCGACCACUGUGUCUUCGAGCUAAGCAUACUGGUUCUCACCCUGCUAAUCAACCUGUGCAUGCACACGCUGCCCAAUCGGGCUGCGCUGAUGCAGGCUGCCGCUCCGGCGGAGUACGUUGCGGACAAUCCGCCGGCGCAGGGAUCUGUUAGUGCCCUGCAAGCGCUGCUCGAGUACUUCUACAAGUGCGAGGAACUGGCCAGAUUGGUGGAGAAAAACACGGACGCCUUCCUCGAGAGCAACGAGAAGGGCAAGAAGAAACAGGAAGAAGUGGAGGAGACGGUCAACAAUCUUCUGCAACGCGCCGGCCACCACAUGGAGCACACGCUGAAGGGAAGCUAUGCGGCCAUCCUGGUGGGAAAUUUGAUAGCGGACAACGAGCUGUACGAAUCGCUGGUGCGGCGUCAGUUGCGAGGGAACAGCUUCAAGGAGAUUAUCGGCGUGCUGGAGAAAUACCACACGUUUAUGAACCUGACCUCCAGCUUGGAGGCGGCCUUUGUGGCGCACAUGAAGUCCACGAAGCGCAUCAUCGACAACUUCAAGAAGCGCGACUACAUCUACGAGCACUCGGACGAGCACGACAACAUCCUGCCCCUGAAUCUGGAGACGACGGCGCAGGUUUUGGCCGUAGGAACCACGGACAUGUCGCAUGCUGCUGCCUCGAGCUCAUCCGCAACUGCAGCUGCUUCCUCAUCAACAUCGCCCACGGGAGGAGCAGCGACGAGGGUGACGCGGGUGUACAAAACGUACAGCAGCCACAGAUAAUCGGACUCGGACUCGAAAUGGGAUUGCCAACGCCAUCGCCAUCGCCAUGUCGUUAACCACACCGAAAGCCUGCCACCAAAAUAAAAUUCUGUUGUUUGUGAUUAUGUAAUUUGUUUAUAUGUUGAUAUAGCAACAACCACUAUAUGUAUGUGUAUAGUCUGUAAUGCACCUAGUUUCAGUCAGCUGUACCCCCGCGUAUAUAUACAGAAUAUAUAUGUAUGUAUGUAUAUCGAAGUAUAUAGCUAAGAUAGCUAAGAGCGAUAGGAUAGAAUGCGAUCUGAUCUGUUUAUGCGUUUGUAUUAACCCAAAGUGAUAGCGAAUUCUUGAGCAUGGUCUGCGUUUUAACUAAAAUUAUAAAGAUUGAUGAAAUGAAAGCGACACCCCGAACAACACAAAGAUCCAAAUCCCCUACUGAUACGAGUACGUUAUAUAGUCAUAAGCAAUAUUAGCAGCUAAACGUCGGCUUACCCUCACAAAAACACACCCAUGUAAAUAUUGUUUAAUCAGCGAUUUUAUCGGACGCGUCUUAGGUUUAUUUCUAAUGUUUUUUUUUACCUAUUCUUACCUUAAAUAUUAAACUUUUUUUUAUUCGUAAACUUAAAAAACAAACGCUCUUAAAUAGAUUGCAAGAGAAAGAGCGAGAGCGGUAGACAGAAAAUGUAAAGAGAAAGAGAGAGAUUGAGGAUAAAAAUCUAGAUUCGAUGAGGAAAAUAAAGUUAUUUUAUUGCCUAAACUUAAGCUAAAAAGAACUCUACUUAUAAAACUAAAACUGAUCAAUAAAUAUAUAUAUAUAUAUAUGGAUAUAUGUGUACGUUUACAACCACAAAAA